GAGCCCGCUCUCCUCAAACCAGAGCCGAGCAGAGCCGAGCCGAGCCAGUCCGACAGGCAGCGCGGACGCAGGGCAGCAGCAUGACCUGGUAGCGCAGCUUUACGCACCAGACCCACAUCCACAACCCGCCUCUGCUGCGACCAGCCUGCUCGGUAUGGACUCUACACUUCCCAGGAGAGGUGUUUUCAUCUCCCAGCUCCUGCUGCUCAGCCACAUAGUUGCAGCAGCUGAACCGCUGGUCCAAGGCCAGAAGAAACUUCCUGAAGAUGUGGACUGGUCCUAUUCAGGUAGCCUCAGCCAGCGCAGCUGGGGGAAGAAGUAUCCGUCCUGCAACGGUGCCAGACAGUCUCCCGUGGACAUCGACGAGACGUUCACGCAGGUCAGGCUGCAGUUCCAGGGACUACAGUUGGAGGGCUGGCACAAACCCACAUCCCAGUCCACCUCCAUCCACAAUAACGGGAAGACUGUGGCCAUCGAUGUGGGCGGGGACUUCUUUGUGAGCGGAGGAGGGUUGAGCUCUCGGUUCCGGGUGGCCAGACUCUCCUUCCACUGGGGGCGCUGCAACACCACCUCAUCCGGGUCUGAGCACAGCCUGGACGGGCUGAAGUACCCGCUGGAGAUGCAGAUCUACUGCUACGAUCCUGACGACUUCCAAAGUCUGGAUGACGCCAUAGACCGAGGAGGGAGACUCGCCGCCCUGGCCGUGCUCUUUGAGGUCAGCCUGGAUGAAAACGACAACUUAAUUCCCGUUCUGGAGGGAAUCAACGCUGUCAGCAGGUUCGGUAAGAGUGGGUCAAUGGAAGCGUUCGCCUUGAGGUCUCUGCUGCCUAACAACACCGAUAAAUACUACAUCUACAACGGCUCCCUGACCGCUCCACCCUGCUCCGAACUGGUGGAAUGGAUCGUCUUUAAAAACACUGUGGCCAUUUCAGAAACUCAGCUGGAGCUGUUCUGCGAGGUGAUGACGAUGGAGCAGGCCGGCUACGUCAUGCUGACCGACUACCUGCAGAACAACUUCCGGGAGCAGCAGCAGCAGUUCAUGGGCCAGGUGUUCGCCUCCUACACCGGGGUGGAGGACGUGCUCACGCCCACCUGCAGCUCGGAGCCGCAGAAUGUCCAGGCCGAUGCCCAGAACGACACCGCCAUCGUGGUGACGUGGGAGCGUCCUCGCGCCGUUUACGACACCGCCAUCGACUGGUACGCCGUCACCUACCAGAGGCUGCAGGGCCGAGAGCAGAGCAGGCAGGAGUACCGGACCGACGGAGACCAGGACGUGGGUGCCAUGAUCUCCAGCCUGCUGGCCAACAGCAGCUACGUGGUCCAGGUGGUGGCGGUGUGCACCAACGGCCUCCGAGGGCGAUGGAGCGACCAGAUCAUAGUGGACAUGCCGUUAGAAGACCCCGAGAGCGAUUCCUCCACCGACUCUCUGGCGAAGCAGCCUGAAGGCCACCGGGAGGUUCCACCUGUGGUCAAACCGGAGAGGUCGGACAACCAGAACGAGCUGGAGCUGGUUCCGGAGGACCACAGUCCGGUGGAGGAGGUCCCGGUGGAGCAGACCAGAGUGUACCAGAACCAGCCCACACAUGAGCAGGACGAGCCCACCGAGCAAACCCAAGCGACCCGGAGCGUGCCGGACCAGGCGGGCUCCCGCUCCACCCCAGACACGCCCACCGACUCCACCCUCCUCCAGGAAACUCCCCCCAACCAGAGCGCCAGCGAGACCCCGGACCGAGCGGAGAACGGGGUGGAGGACGAGCAGCUGAUUCCAGCACGCGGGCCGUUUGACAGCAACAGCGCCAUCUGGGUAACCGGGCAACCGGGCUUCCUGUUCCCAGUUGCCCGGACGACCGCUCUGCCGUCAGUCCGCCGGCACAUGACGGAGGAGGCUUCGUUGUCGGUGCUGCAUCCUCAGUUCAGAGAUCCUGAUCUGCCAGACCAGGCCGGUGAAAACGGCCUCCCCUCGUCGGAGCUGAACACCCCUCCCGUGGAGGACAUCCAGAUCACAGACGUCUUCUACGAAGACACCGUCACCAGCUCCGCUCUGGAAACCGCCCCCAACCCCACGGCGGUGUUUCCCUCCGUUGUGCCAGGUAACGGAGAGGACAAAGUCUCCUUGUCAUCCUCUGAAGACGGCGAAGCCCCAGUAAACAGACCAAACCCCAUCACCCCGGAUUCUCCCACCCCCUCUUCAAACAGUGCGAGUGCCAGCGGCACGCUCGCUGACCCGGCCUACAAAUCACUCACCACCUCCUCUCUGCUGCGAGUGCUGAUGCACACCACUCAGCCCAUGUUCAGCGAGGGAAGCAACAGCAGCCACGAGUCCCGGGUCGGCCUGGUUGAAGGGAUAGAGAUGGAGAAGAGGACGGUGGUUCCUCUGGCCGUCGUCUCCACCCUCACCAUCAUCUGCCUGAUGGUGCUGGUGGGCAUCCUCAUCUACUGGAGAAACUGUUUCCAGGCAGCUAAUUUCUACCCAGACGACAGCACGUCCCCCAAAGUCCUGUCUGCUCCGUCCACGCCCCUGCUGCUGGCUACAGAUGGCCACGAGCCUCUGACGGUGAAGCAGUUUGUGAAGCACGUCAUGGAGCUCCACAGCACCAACACUUUCUCCAAGGAGUUUGAGAUUGUCAAAGAGUCCUACGAGGAGGUGCAGGCGUGUACGGUGGACAUGGGCAUCACUGCCGACAGCUCCAAUCACCCCGACAACAAGAGCAAGAAUCGCUACAUCAACAUCCUGGCCUAUGACCACAGUCGGGUGAAGCUGUCCCACAGUCUGGACAAAGACGGGAAAUGCGGGGACUACAUCAACGCCAACUUCAUCGACGGUUACGAGCGAACCAGGGCGUACAUCGCAGCUCAGGGGCCUCUCCGAGCCGGCAGGGAGGACUUCUGGAGGAUGAUCUGGCAGCAGAACGUCGGCGUCAUCGUCAUGAUCACUAAUCUGAAGGAGAAAGGACGCACAAAAUGUGACCAGUACUGGCCAGAAAACAACCAGGAGGAGUACGGUCCGUACCAGGUGACCGUUAAACACACCAGAACCUUGGCCUAUUACACACUGCGGACCUUUACGGUCAGAGACAUGACAAACAAGGUGCCCCUGAGGAGAACGGAGCACACCGUCCUGCACUACCACUACACCCAGUGGCCAGACAUGGGCGUCCCCGAGUACACGCUGCCCGUCCUGUCCUUCAUCAGGGCGUCCUCGCGGGCACGCACGCAGGAGAUGGGGCCGGUCCUGGUGCACUGCAGCGCUGGCGUCGGGAGGACGGGCGCCUACAUAGUGAUAGACAGCAUGCUGCAGCAGAUCCAGGACCAGGGGACGGUCAACGUCCUGGGCUUCCUGAAGCACGUCCGCACGCAGAGGAACUUCCUGGUCCAGACGGAGGAGCAGUAUGUGUUCAUCCAUGAUGCUUUGAUGGAGGCCAUCAUCAGCCGGGACACGCUGGUCACGUCUGAGCUUCUCCACAGUUACGUGUCUGACCUGCUGACGCCGGGCCCCACAGGCCGGACACGCAUGGACAAGCAGUUCAAGUUAAUUAGCCAGCGUCAGGCCAAACAUGCCGAUUACAGCACGGCUCUGAAGGAUGGCAACGCUGAGAGGAACCGAGCCAGAGCGCUGAUGCCAGUUGAAAGGUCAAGAGUCUCUCUGUCUGCUUCUGAAACAAACUCCACCGGCUACAUCAAUGCCUCCUACGUCCUGGGCCAUCGCUGCAGCAGCGGCUUCAUCGUCAGCCAGACUCCCCUCAGCACCACGGUGGCAGAUUUCUGGAGGAUGGUCUGGGAGCACAAAGCACACACAGUUGUCCGUUUGCCAGAUUCACACAAUCAGAGUGAGGAAAGGGAUUCCUUCUGGCCCAGUAGAGAGAAGAUAAUGAGCUUUGAUGGUUUCAUGGUGUCGUAUUCUGGGGAGGAUCAUGUACUUCUGUCUAAUGACGAGAGGCUUUUGGUGCAGGACUUCAUAGUGACGUCUCCACAGAACGAGGACAUGUUGGAUGUUCGACAGUACAGCGCCCCCUGUUGGCCCAACCCUGACAGUCCCAUCAGAAACAGCUUUGACCUGGUCCACACCGUCAGAGAGCACAGCAGACACACACACGGACCCACAGUCGUGCAUGAUCCUAUGGGAGGUGCUACGUCGGGGCUGUUCUGCGCCCUCACCACCCUGUACAACCAGCUGGAUGAGGAGGGGGCCGUGGACGUCUAUCAGGUGGCACGGAUGACCAACCUGAUGAGGCCUGGAGUAUUUAACGAUGUGGAGCAGUAUCAGUUCCUGUACCGGGCCGUGGUGAGUCUGGUGAGCAGCCAGGAGGACCAGCGGGCCCUGCAGAGCCCGGAGACCAACGGAUCCGUACCGCUGGGACAGUGCAACGUGGCAGAGAGCCUGGAGUCCCUCAUGUAGAUCCAAACAGACUGUUUCAUCUAUCACACCUCAUGUGCUGGUCUGAGGUUCAGAGCUGUGUCUGCGGAGCGUCUCGCUGCUCUCAUUUACACCGUUUACUCAGAUCAUUCAACGUCCGUUAGAAACCUUUCCCUUGAGGAAACAAAUGUUUUUGUUCAAAGAGACGAGUAAAGCCAGUCGCCCGAAACGCAAGGAAGGUGAUUCUUUCUGACGGACCUUUAAAAGCAGCUAUAAAUAGGACUAAAAGUAACUGAUCUCAUGAAGUUACACACAAAAGCUGCUGAAGACUGAGCUCAUAUCUCGUCUUAUUCCUGACAUCAUAAAAACUAACCAACAGGUGAUUAUCUCAACCCGUAGAAAAGAGAAAAACACCCCACGUUCUGCCCUUUAUGGAGAUCAAUGGGAGAAUAAUUGGCUUUAGUCAUGUUAACAGAAUCUUGAAGUUUAUAGUUUAUAGAGGCCAGAAAAAAUAAUCAACCUUAAAACUGACAGAAUGUAAAAACCCAAAUAUUUAACUAUUAAUAAAUUUAGACUUGUUUAUUAAUAUUUUGUUAGAGGAGGCAUUAUGAGAAAUAAAUAUUUUAUUCUGUAUGUCAGCAGUAACUACAAAAUCAGAAACGUUUCUUUGAGCUGCUUAUUUCUGAAAAUGUCACACAGUGAGCGGUUCAGAUUUCCAGGGUUCUGUGACAUCACAGACCCAGACCAGCUCCCUCCGUAGCCUUUGCAGACUCAACCAGCCUGUCGGUCUUUAUCUUUCUCUUACGUCGCAUAACCCUGAAGUUGCUGCAUCUCAAAGGUUGGAUGUGCAAAGUUUAACAGAGACACGUCCUGAAGACAGAAGAGGUGAAGUCAAGUGUCUGAGUCCUCCUCCCAAAAUGGUCAGGAGCAUUUGCUCUGCAUCUUUGUGGUAUUUUGACUAAAGCAUAGCACAGACAUCUUAUUAAGACCCUAGUACAUUUACCAACUUGUUAUAUAAUGGUAAAAUAUGUCUUUAAAGGUUAAACAAUGUCUGUUUCUGGCU